AGAUAAUACACUUGUGGAUACCUCGUGCCAUAAUUUGCUCCUCAAUUCCCAUAUCAUCAUACAAACUCAAUCCAACUCCUCACAUUUACUACACAAAAAUAGCCACAAAACAAAUAUAUAUAUCAUCAAUAACACUAGGCAAAGAGAAUUUAUAUUAUAUUUUAGUUUUCUAGUUGAUAUAAUUUUUCAAAUUAAGCUAGGAGAAUUAAUGGCUUCUAUCACCAUGUUGCCAAUGGUUCCAACAACGGGAAGAGUCUUUGCAGCUACAGGUGCAAAGGGUACUACAGGUGGUGGCAGUAGCAAGCAAGAGAAAGGUUUUUGGGAUUGGAUUGUUGGUGGUUUAACAAAAGAAGAUCAGUUCUAUGAAACUGAUCCUAUUCUCAAGAAGGUUGAAGAGAAGAAUAAUAGUAGAGGCACUACUAGUAGAGGUACUACUAGUGGUAAAGGCACUACUAGUGGUGGCAAGAACUCUGUUGUAGUUCCACAAAAGAAGAAGGGUGGUUUUGGAGGAUUUUUUAACAAGGAUUAAUUGAAGAAAUGUUCAUGCAAGUACCUUUUCCAACUGCAUGUAUGUUAUAUAUGUUUCUGUUUAUUUAGAUUUUAAUCUGUUAAACAUUAUGAGGACUAUAAUAUGUUGUUUGUUUUUCUGGUUUAUAUAUAUUUCAAUUUAUAGAACAAACCAAUUGAUUCAUUUUGGUUCAGUAGCAUCGACAUAAAUUAAAGGUGUGUCUGGUGUCCAAUGCAUGUGGCUACUACAUAGUAGAAUCACUUAUAUUUUUUCAAAUUAUUAGCAAUGUUUACGUGUCAAUGUUGGUUUUAUGUGUGCAUCUGUAUCAGUGCCUCGUAGCCGCUAAUCAAUCAGAUUCGAUCUACAAUUUACACAA